AUAAGGCAUACAUACAUAACUAUAUACAUUCUACAUACAAUGUUUGUUAAACUACAUUGUCUUUGUUGAAGUAUAGUGUUUGUUUCAACGAGUGCAAACAGCACACGUCAGUUCUUUCUCUGCAUCAUAAGGAGGGCAGGAGAAUCCAUUGCAGUAUAUCUCAUUGAAAUAAAACAAAGACUUUGGAUCACUGCGAGUAUUCAGUCCAGGAACUGACUCAGGGUCUAUGUCAAUACACUCAUACAUUGUACGACCAUCAAGGCUAUGAUGGUUAGACAUGAGGUAACCAUAGUACUCUCUGGUCCAGCCUGCAUGACACUGGGUCUUGGCAGGAACCAUCAGUACACUGCCCCUGGUGGCUACAUAGCACACUGCACAGGGGACAUUGUUGUAGUUGAACUGAGACAGAGAUGGCAUUGUAACGAAAUAAUACUCGACCGGAGC